UAUUUCUGAGAAAAAAAGCCCUGCACACCAAGUUUGUACUGUGGACUAUAUAAGACGCAGUUGUGGAAGGUUUUGAAUGCAGCUUGAGUUGUUGGGACGUUUCGCCAGAAACAAAAAAAAGAAAAUUCUAGAGAAGGAAAGUGGACUGUUUUUCACGCAUGGUGUCAAACGGCGCCUGUCCAGGUCAAAGUAAACCAUCUGGAGGUGAGCAGUUGAAUUUCAUCUAAAACCCACCGUCAGACCGCCUCGCCGACGUGUGUGUGUUUGUGCAGUUCCUCUCCUCCUCUCCCUCAGCUGUAUAAGAUGUAACAGAUACACCGUAACAAGGCUGAAGGCGCGGAGCAGUGAUAAUCUCUUGUUUGGUUUCUCUGUGAAGCCUGCUUGCUGCUCCACAGCUCCCCUCUUAGCUCAGAGACGCCUGACAUUAUUGGACGUCGUCACCCGAUGUCCAAAAGUGUCCUGGCCGCUGAUUGGCCCAGUGCUCUUUGGAUGUUAUUCAUGCGUCUCCGGUUGGUUUGUGUGAGUGUGUAUGAGUGUGUGUAUGUCCGCAUGGUGAUGUGAUGUGAGGACUCUGUGAAGAUUCGACUGUCAUACAGCGGUGAAAAGCUCUGGGUGUGUGAGAGCAGUGCGCAAUAGCAACUAUAGCCAGUCUUAUAGUAAGUCACCGACCAUGACGCGCCGGAGCGCCUUUACGCAAGCAGGAUGUCCACAGUUUGUGAUAAUUACACCAGCCAGCAAUAUUCCGAAGAGAAAAUAACUAUGUUUUAGUGCUUCCCGCGCUCAUAUUUUGGAUACAAGCACAGGCCCACAGAGUGGAAGUGGAUUGAGAAAACAGAAGCCACGUUUUCAGAGAAGCAGCGAUGGAGGAGCAGCGGGAUCUGAACAGCACGGAUAGCAGCGAGGGAGAGAGCGUCUCCCCGUCCCCCAGCUUGCCCUCGCCGCCCAUACUGCCCCUGCAGGUCGCCCAGCAGGCCCACAGAACCACCAAUUUUUUCAUCGACAAUAUUCUACGGCCAGACUUCGGCUGCAAGAAGGAGCACGGCCUUGGCUCGCGGGAGAGGGCGCAGACCUCCGGCCGGGAGCGCGUCCACUCGGUGGUCAGCAGGCCAAGCCUUCCCGGGACGCCAUGCCAGGACUCCAACUGCAGCAGUGACAGCACUUCGUCUUCCGCCUCCUCCACUUCUUUGGCGAGUCCCAAAAAGAGCAACGGCAGCGGCGGAGGAGCCGCAGCCGCCGCCGGUUCUACCGGGAGCGGCGGCGUGAAAGCCGAGGAGAGGACUGGCGGCGGUGCCGCGGAGAACACCUCCUCCUCCCUUGUGGUGCUGAACGGCACCGGGGCGCCCACACCGGAGACCCAGCCGCUACUCUGGCCUGCAUGGGUCUACUGCACCCGGUACUCGGACAGGCCCUCAUCUGGCCCAAGGACACGGAAACUGAAAAAGUCGAAAAGCGGCAAAGAGGACAAACGGCCGCGCACGGCCUUCACGGCCGAGCAGCUGCAGAGACUGAAGACGGAGUUCCAGGUGAACCGCUACAUUACGGAGCAGCGGCGGCAGUCUCUGGCCCAGGAGCUCAACCUCAAUGAGUCUCAGAUCAAGAUCUGGUUUCAGAACAAGAGGGCCAAGAUCAAAAAGGCCAGCGGCUUCAAGAACGGGCUGGCGCUGCAGCUGAUGGCGCAGGGACUGUACAACCAUUCCACCACCACCAUACAGGAGGACAAGGAGGACAGCGACUGACCGGCCCGCCGCGCCACACGCGGCCUCCUCCACACACUGUGUACAUUGUAAAUAUAUAGUAUCUAAUUUAAUGAUGAAGACGGGGAGGUUUUGUCUGCAGAUCCUCUUCAUCUCCUCCUUCUCCUCCUCGGAUGUGACUGAACAGCUGAGCAGACUUCAGACUGUCCGACUGACCCGUCACCGCAAAACCAAAGAUUUUACUGGAGAACAGCCUGGACACUUUCACUAACUCUCAAGAAAAACUACUUCCUUCUCUCAGCCUAUUUCUGUUUCCUCCUGAGCUGAGAGUAAAAUACACCCCACAGCCCCCCCUCCCUGCCCCCCACCCCCCACAGCCAUAAUAAGGCCCACAUCGGCUGAUGUUUCCAGGCAGUUUCACUUCACCUCCCUGCAGCUCAUGUUGCUUGGUUGUAGACGGUGCUGCUGCACCCCCACCCCCCCACAGCCACAGACACCACUUAACACCACUUGAACAACCUUCAUUAGACUUUUGUUUUACAGUGUUUCUGGACCAACUGACUUCUCAGAGCCGUGAUGAUCCUAUGGUCAAUUUAACAGAGCAGCGUUAAUGAACACAGUGAACCCCCUCAGGAAUAUUAUAGGGAUAUUAUAGAAAUACUGUGACGUCACUUAGAGCUGCCAUUAACACGUGAGGUCAUGCCCACGUAUUUGAUUUUUUUGGAGGGGGCUUGAGGGGGGCGGAAGUAAAAUGAUCCGCCUAUGAAUAACAUGCCGCUUUCUUCAGUCACGUCGCAUCUCUCCACUAACUGUCCUCUAACCCGCGAGAUGUCCAUAGAAGUGGCUAUUCAUACAUCGCACUCCUGGAGUCUGAGCUGUACAUGUUGGUUUUAAUAUUUUUUAAAUAUUUUGAUUUAAUAUUUUUAAAUGCAAACAAUUACAAUCUGACCGUUUUUACACCUUUGAAUAAAUUCAGUCAAAACUGAGGCCUGUUGUUUUCUCCUUUCACAGGCUUCCAGUCAAAUUCAGACCAAACAGAAAAUACAGAUCAAUAAUUAAAAUGAUCAAUAAAAUGUUAAAGAUCCAAAUAUUUGGGAAAAUAAUGUGUUUGCUUUUUGGUGAUUUCGGAUCAUGAGCUCAGUGUUUGUAAAAUCCUCCACACCCCAAUCGGCCUGAUAGGAACAUGUUAGUGAUGCUAUAACAUAUGGAUUACUGAAAAAUGUGACGUCACCACUGGAGACUGGUUAUAGAUUAUAAUAAUGUUGCUGGACAUUUAAAUACACAACUAAAAUCCACCAAAACAGAACAACAGUGUUAAAUAAUCAUUUCUAUCAUAUUCCUAUAACUUCCUGUCACAGUUAUCUAACCUUCUGUUAUCUUUAUCAUUUCCCUGUGAUGCUUCCUGUGUGUUCUGUUGAGCUUCUUUUUCUCUGACUAUAGAAUCACUGAGACAUUCAGUAUCUACAAAAGACUUCACUGUCUGUACACAGAACCCAAACUGAGUCACGUCCUCUGUUGCCUUUAUGUUGGCAGGUAAACUGCACACACACAUAUGUUAGCUACUCCCGGGAAAAGAGCGGAUGGAUAUAUUCUGUACAUAAACCAUGUUUCCAAAUAAACACUUUUAUAUUAGAAAAAGAAAAAACUCCUCAGGAAACACACUGACCCAUUUUUUUCUCCUGGA